GGGCGCGCGCACCUGCGCGAGGCGCUGCUGCGGCACGAGGAGACGCAGCGGCUGCAGCGCAUGAGUCGCGAGCUCAAGGGCAAGGCCGCCCUGGCCGCCGUGCUGCGCGCCGCCCACCAGCGCGCCCUCGAGGCCUACACGGCGGCCGAGCGCGAGGACGACUUCCGGGAGGUGCUCGACCCGCCGCGCGUCCAGCCGUCCACCAAGUUCCAGCUGUCGCUGACGCCGCCGGACUUCGGCGCGCACCGCGUGGAGGACCUGUUCCGCGCGCUGGGCCCCGUCGCCAUAUUCUCGGCCAAACACCACUGGACGGCGCCACGCAGCGUGCAGCUGCAGCGGGCGGGCGCCGACGGCUUCGGCUUCAGCGUUCGCGGCGACGCGCCCGUCAUUGUCGCCGGCGUCGACCAGGACAGCCUCGCCGACUAUGGAGGCAUGAAAGAAGGAGACUUCAUUGUGGCCAUUGGUGACCGAGAUGUGAAAUGGGCAUCACAUGAAGAAGUAGUGAACUUAAUCAAAGAGGCUGGGGACUCAUUGAGUCUCAAACUUGUCACCCCAAUGGAUCGUAAUUAUCUGAAACAGCCGAAGGGUGGGCCCAAAGGAUCCGUCUCCAACAGCAGUUCCAGUUCUGGAGUGUCCAGUGGGCAGCCCAGUCCAGCAGGCACUGUAGCAGGACUGCCUCCUCAUAAGAAACUCACCUGGAACCCUUUCAAGAGGGCAGGGGGACCGAGAGACUCCACCAAGGAUCACAGCUUAGACACCAACGUUAUCCUAAGAUGAGAGUGUAUCUCAGUUGGACUAUUUUGUGAACAAUACAUCAGUGUGGGCAGGAACAAAAUACUUCGAGUGAAAACAGUUAUUUCUACUAUUCAUUUAAUGAUGCUUCUGUUAAAGUUUGGAAUAAGUAUGCAAUUAUUAUACAUGAAUUCUAUGGACAAAUAAUACUUUUAACUUGCUGGAGAGUGCUAAAUUUGGAACUCAUGAAUAUGUUGAAAGAAAAGUGUUAGAGGCAUGUUUCAUACUGAGUAUGAAACCUUUUCUUUAUAUUCAGUAUCUCCUCUUGUUGAAUAUUAUAGAUUUUGUGUUUGUAAUUUCAAUUUACUUAAUUUAGUAAGUAAUUACUUAUGUUUUUAAUUCUUAUUCUCAUAUUAAUUGGAGGAAAGAAUUCAUUUUAUAAAAGAAUUAUAUUUAAAAAUUAUUUUAUAAACAAUCUCCAUAAAUUGUUAGUCUGCUCAUGUUCUUCAAGUACUUUGGCAAAAUAAUUCCUCAUGGUGAGACAUCUGUUUCAAGUAGUUUUUUGUAUGCCCAUUGGAUCUGAAAGAAGUUUUCUCAGCCCAAAGUGGUAUUUAUCCACUUGCCCCCAUCUCCAUAACUGAGUGGAGAGCAAAAAGGAAGUACAGGACUGUAACAUGGUAAACGAUGUACUUACUUGAUACAGUAAUGUAAUAUUAUUGUGUAAAAAGUUUGUAUAAACAUGUAUUAUAGACUCUUAUAGCUGUAUUAUCUAUUAACAGUGUAAAAUUUCACAUAUACCAAAUGAGAAUCACAUAAUGUGAGUACAAAUGUAAAUACAGCUCUUUAUACUCAAAACCCAUAUAGCUGCUGCAGAGAAAACCUGUAUAUGUGUAUGAAGUAAAGAUAAUAUAUACAUGUAUCUCAUUUAUAC